CUGUCUGAUGGGUAAUUGUUGCUCUGACCCCACAAACUUCGAUGCAGAGGUCGAUCUCUAUCAUUUCGACCUCCAUCGUGCAGUAGGCAAGGGCGCCUUCGGCAAGGUCCGAGUCGUCGAGCACAAGAAGAGCAAGAAGCUCUAUGCUCUCAAGUACAUUGACAAAGCCAAAUGCAUCAAGCAGAAGGCUGUGGCCAACAUUAUUCAAGAGCGCAGAUUACUGGAGGAGAUUGAUCACCCAUUCAUCGUUAAUAUGCGUUAUGCCUUCCAAGACGACGAGAAUUGUUUCUUCGUUCUUGAUCUUAUGCUCGGAGGGGAUCUGCGAUUCCAUCUAGAGCGCCUCAGAUAUAUCCCAGAGAAUGUCGUGCGAUUUUGGACCGCAGAGCUUUCCUCUGCACUCGAAUAUUUGCAUAAACAGCGGAUCAUUCACCGCGACAUGAAACCCGACAACAUCCUCCUCGAUGCGAUGGGCCACGCGCACAUCACAGACUUCAAUGUCGCUAUUCACUACUCAGAACGCAGGCUGCAUACGAGCGUCGCAGGAAGCAUGGCGUACAUGGCUCCCGAGGUCAUCGGCCGGUUAGGCUACACAUGGUCCUGCGAUUGGUGGUCCUUGGGCGUCGUCGUCUUUGAACUCCUCUUCCACCGCCGGCCGUUCGACGGCCGGUCCGCCGAGAAAAUGAAGCACUCAAUAUUGAAGGAUAGUAUCCGCUUUCCGUCGAGCGUGAAGGACAAGUGCAGCAAGGAGGGCCAGCAAUUCAUUCUCAGUCUCCUUGACCGCAACCCUAAGACUCGCCUUGGUUGCCACGAAGGGCUCGGCAUUGAUGACAUUCGCACUCAUCCGUGGAUGGCGAGUAUCGACUGGGACACUCUCGAGAAUAAGGAGUCGCAGCCGCCUUUCGUGCCUGAUAUGAAAAAGGCGAACUUUGACGUCUCCCAUGAACUUGAUGAGUUCUUGAUGGUUGAGAAGCCGCUGACACAUUCGAAACGGAAGCUACACCCCGAUCUCGAGAAGAUGAAGCCCGAACUACGCCAGUUGGAGGAACAGUUCACGGUCUACGAUUUCUUCCAGAACAGGAGGAUGUCCUACUACCCCCAUAAUCAACCCAUCACAAACGGUGUCCAUCACGACGAGUCGGAAGGAUCGGAGGUCAUUCAGUCGACGACGAAUACUCUGGUUCCUACGUCUACUAUGGUCGAUCGAUCGCGUCCUGGGUCGCCGUUGAACGAGGAUGAUGCGCAUCAGUACAUCCAUACCCACCCGCCUCUACCGUCUCUCAGCGGACAUGGCGAUGAUGGCGACGAUGUCUCGCAUGGCGGAGAACGCUCAAGCGGGUCAACGUCAUGACGCGCUCUUACCGUUGCUGCCCUAUGAUUAUUUUCCCUUUCGUUCGUCUGGACUCUGCUGGGUCUGGAUAUGUACCCCCACCUGGCUUCGGUCAUCAUGAUUUGCAUUGUGGACCCUGGCACACUGACCUUCCCUCAUGUCCAUCUCACCAUCUCAUCCUCAUACGAUCACCCGUUCACUCGGCAUUGCAAGCAUUAUCCCUACUUAUCGCUAAUAUUGUACCACGAUCUCCAUUCAAUUUCCCACCCCCAUCCCUCUUCUCGCCUUCACACGCCGCUAACAUCCUCGCUGUGCUUGGUGAUAUCGGACUCGCUGGUUCUGCUCCUGGAUCUCUUAUUGCUCCUUCGUCUGUCCAUAUUCAGUCGCAUUCCCCCUUCGCCACCAUUUCACUGCUCUUUGUUCUCCGAGUCGUAUACCUAUGCGCGCCGCACGGUUUUU